GAGGUUGUGAAUCCACCAGAAAAGAUGCUAGAGGACCACUCUUUCGGAAUGAACCCCCAGCUAGAGUAGAAUUUUCGAACAGCAGUGGCACUGAACUAAGGUGCAGCGCUGAUGGAGUACCUACUCCAAGAAUUAGUUGGCAGACAAGAGAUGGUGGGGUAGCAAGAGAUGUCCCUGGUUUGAGGCACUUGAGAUCUGAUGGAACACUGGUAUUUCCACCUUUUUCGAGAUCUGACUACAGACAAGAUGUCCACGAUACCGUAUACCAGUGCUUGGCAUCAAACAGUGUUGGUGUUAUACUCAGCAGAGAAGUACAUGUUAGAGGAGUGAUGAAACAACGUUUCACACCUCAAGUUUAUGAAGAAUAUGUUGUGCGAGGGAAUACAGCUGUUCUGAAAUGUCAUUUACCCUCCUUCGUUCGUGAUUAUGUGGUUAUUGACUCUUGGAUUCGCAAUGAUGAUCAUGUCUUGAAAAUAACAGAAACUAAAGCGAGAUCCUACACUGUUCUGAGAUCUGGAGAACUGCUGAUCCACGAGACACAGGAAAAAGAUUCCACUUGGAGCUACCGCUGUCAGACUCGACACAGAUUAACUGGCGAAAUGGUUACAAGUGAUACUUUCGGAAAAAUCACCGUCACAGGUCAGUUAAUGAAGUUUGGAACACAAGGAAAGCAUUUUCAGAGGCUAUCGACUUUCCAUAGUCCAAAGAAAAGAUUUCUGGAACUUAAUAGGAUAAUUUGUUGCUGUUUAAAUGUGGCCCAAUCCUUGUAUCUUGUGAAAUUUAUAAGGAAUCAGUCAUUGAUGACUCAAUGAUUUGACGUAUAUUAGAUAAAUCUAUAUCAGAUUCUGUUCAUUACAGAGGCGUUAUAUGAAUAUAAUUUAAAUAUUGAUUUAAAUAAAUAUUUUUUCAAUGUGA